GCAUCGCUCGCAAAAUUACAUUUCAGCCGUAUGCUCUCUCUCUCUCUCUCUCUCUCUCUCUCUCUCUUUCUAAGCGCACAAGGUUUCUUUCUUUCUCAUCAUCCCUCCCACCCGCAAUUGCAGGUGUUAUAGUUUCUAUCUACCUCUCUCUUUCUCUGUAGCUCUCUUUUCGAUCCAAUCAAAUCUACGCGUUCCAGAUUCUAGGGUUUCGUUUGCGCAAGUUCGGAUCAUUACUUGCGUGGCUUGUUCGCUGAUUGGUGAAUCCUCGAUCGUUGAUUGCUGGGGUGCGCUAGGGUUUUCUGGGUUCCGCAGAUCUGAGUUCGUUCCGGCUCGUGGGGGCAAUAUUGUUCUUUAAUUCAAAAUGUUUUGGCGUAUGGCGGGAUUGUCCACCGCUUCUCCUGUGGAGACAAUUUUGGACAAGGAAAAUUACACAUUGGAGGAGCUUCUUGAUGAAGAUGAAAUCAUUCAAGAAUGCAAAGCCCUUAAUGGUCGCCUAAUCAACUUUUUGAGAGAAAGAUCCCAGGUUGAACAACUCAUACGUUAUAUUGUGGAAGAAGCUCCUGAGGAUGCUGAAAAGAGGCGAACUUUUAAAUUUCCAUUCAUUGCCUGUGAGAUCUUUACUUGUGAAGUUGAUAUCAUACUCAAAACAUUGGUGGAGGAUGAGGAGUUGAUGAACUUGUUGUUUUCCUUUUUGGAACCGAAAAACUCGCACAGCACACUCCUGGCUGGGUACUUUAGCAAGGUUGUCAUAUGCCUGCUCUUGCGUAAGACAGUUCCAUUUAUGAAUUAUAUCCAAGAGCAUCAAGAUAUAGUCCGAAAGCUAGUUGAACUGGUUGGGAUCACAUCUAUUAUGGAGGUUUUAAUACGGUUGAUUGGUGCGGAUGAACAUAUGUAUACAAAUUAUUUGGAGGCAAUGCAGUGGAUUCAAGAGACUGAUGUUCUGGAGAUGAUUGCAGACAAGUUCAGCUCUUCGGAUUGUCCUGAGGUGCAUGCCAAUGCAGCAGAGACACUUUGUGCUAUAACACGGUUUGCUCCUCCUGGUCUUUCUACUAAAAUCUCUAGCCCAAGUUUUAUCGGACAAUUAUUUCGUCAUGUUUUGGAGGACUCACGGCCAAAAUCUGUUCUAAUUAACUCAUUAUCAGUAUGCAUCUCUUUGUUAGACCCUAAAAGACUAACUUUGGGAACAUAUUAUAUGUAUGGCCGCCAAAUAACUCAUGGAUCCACAAUUACUGCUAAUACUGAGACUGUUGAGGGUAUGCUGGAGAGCCUAGGUGAUCUGCUCAAGCUUUUGGAUUUUUCAUCUACAGACAAUGUUCUUUUAACUACAUAUGGCAAGUUACAGCCCCCUCUUGGAAAACAUCGUUUAAAGAUUGUAGAGUUCAUUUCAGUGUUACUGGCAGUUGGUAGUGAAGCUGCUGAGAAGGAAUUGAUUCGUCUUGGAGCAGUACAAAGAAUUUUAGACUUGUUCUUUGAGUACCCAUAUAAUAACUUUCUGCAUCACCACAUAGAGAAUAUUGUAGUAUCAUGUUUGGAGAGCAAGAAUUCUUCUCUAGUAGAACAUCUUCUUCGUGAUUGUAAUCUUGUUGGAAAAAUAGUUGAAGCAGAGAAGAAUUUCACUUUGGCAGCUGAUUCGAGCAAGCCAACACUCCCUGCUGAGGGUAGAUCACCACCCAGGAUAGGAAAUAUUGGACAUCUAACACGUAUAUCCAACAAACUUGUUCAGCUUGGCAAUAACAACAGCAAUGUUCAGGCUAUUCUGCAGGAAAAUAGUGAGUGGACCGAUUACGCAAAUGUACUAGGAAAGCGUAAUGCAGUGGAAAAUGUUUACCAGUGGGCUUGUGGGCGGCCGACAGCAUUACAGGAUCGGGCCAGGGAUAGUGAUGAUGAUGAUUACCAAGAUAGAGAUUAUGAUGUCGCAGCUCUAGCUAACAACUUAAGCCAGGCGUUCCGAUAUGGCAUUUACAGCAAUGAUGAAAUUGAUGAGGGCCAUGGCUCACUCGAACGAGAUGAUGAGGAUGUCUACUUUGAUGAUGAAUCUGCUGAAGUUGUCAUAUCAUCUUUGCGAUUGGGAGAUGACCAGGAAAGUGGUUCUCUCUUUACAAAUUCCAACUGGUUUGCUUUUGAGGAUGAGAGAGUUACCAAUGAUCGGUCAACUGGAUCACUUGCAUCUCCCUCACCAAAUGCCGAGGGAACUGGUGUGGUCAAUGGUGCUGGUGAUGACAAUGUGAUAGUUGGUGAAGACGAUGACUUGGUUGACACGGCAACAUCUUCACCGGAACCAGAAGCAAAGUUUGAAGACAAUCAACUUCACGAGUUCAACAAUUUUAGGGAAAUGGAAUCUGAUGAAACAGAUAAACCACCUGAAUGGGUUGAGUGGCGGGAGACUUCAGACUCAGGGGAACCAUCUGGUGUACUUCCAAAUGGUGAAGUUGAAGUGGAAUCCGCAGAACCUGCUAUAUCUUCUCAAUCAGCCACCGAUUCAUUGGUAAAGAAUGAUGAAGUUGCUGCUGGACAUUCGGCAGCAUCAAAGGACGAAAGCCCUAGUUCAGUCCCUCCUGAGCCAGUACAAUCUGUGGUUGAGACUUCACUUCUAGAAGCUACCACUUGUGAAAAUGUGGCAAUGACUGUAGGAAAAGAAGACACUCAUGAAGCUGAUGAAUGUGUUAAAAAAGUUGACAACGACAAUAAAGAAGGGAACUGAUGGAAAUUGUCAAUGAUCAGUUUUAACUGGCUAACUUGAUACCUUGCAACAUUGAUCAGGUGGGAGGUUGAAUUCAGACACUUAGGUUGCUUGGCCGCUGUACUUUUAGUGCCUACUGUACAUCGUGAAUGGGGCAGUGUUGCCAAACAGGGCUUAUAUUUUUUUUCCCACCUUGAGAAAUUUGCUCUCUCUCUCUCUCUCUCUCUCUCUCUCUCUCUCGGAAAAAGGGAAGGGUUCUGAUUCGCAAACCUUUUAUUAAUUAAUUUAACGAUAUUAUCAAUCUUUAGUUUCUCCUGAUAGAUGAUACAGAAGUUGGAUUUCUCACGUGUUGCAUGUAUUUUGAUCAAGGACCUGACAGUAUAGAUUACUACUAUCUGAGUCUCAAAUAUUGGUGAUGGAAAUGAUCUAUGUGAAUGUGAACAUUUUGCUGUA